CAGGGGUGCCCAAAGCUCGCUGGAGAAAGAGGAAGGCCCAAGGGGACUGUGGGGAGCAGCGAGGCAGCUCCAGGGCUCAGUCCUGAGAAGACUGGGUUUAAAAAAAAAAAAAAAAAAAAAAAAAGGCAUAAAGAGACAAGUAGACAAAACUAGGGGGAAAAAAAAACGGACAAAAGAGGAAAUAGAAGCAUGAAAAAAUAAAACGCAGGAGGGAAGAGGAUGGAGGGCCCGGAGGAGGGGCCCAGGCCGAGGUGGGGACCGCAGGCACGUCGGGAUCUGCCGUUAGAGCCGCCGAUUGCCCAACGUGGCCCAGGGGGCUGAGCCGGGGCUGGGCGCUGGCAGGGCGGUGGCGGACGAGGCUCACACCCGUCUCGAUUCUACCUCGCACCGAACCGCGGUCCUGCCGAGCCCGGAGCCCCAGCCAUGUCCAAGGUGUCCCCCACCGAGACCGAACGCUGCAUCGAGUCCCUGCUGGCCGUCUUCCAGCGGUACGCAGGGCGCGAAGGGGACAACUGCAAGCUCUCCAAGAGGGAGUUCCUGGCUUUCAUGAACACUGAGCUGGCUUCCUUCACAAAGAACCAGAAGGACCCAGCUGUCCUGGACAGGAUGAUGAAGAAACUCGAUUUGAACAGUGACGGGCAGCUGGACUUCCAGGAGUUCCUGAACCUCAUUGGAGGCAUCGCAGUGGCCUGCCAUGACGCCUUGCUUGUUCAGGCCCCUAACCACUAGUCCCAGCAACUUUCACCUGCCCCACCACUACCAACAUUCCUCAAACAAAACCCAUGCAAAACUGGAAGGAGUGCCUUUAAGAGUGGGACAUUCCCACUCCCCCUUUUUAUGAAUAAAAUAAAGGUUUAAAAUCCUA